AUGGAACAGAACCGACCAAUAGAGCACGUGAAGAGGAAUCAAAAUUCGAACUCUCACAAUACGCAACCAGUUCGAAUAAUCAAUGCAAUUCACGGUCGGCCUGAGCCUACUGAGGAGUCAGAUGAAUUGCUUCGAACACGCCUUCGCCAGGCACGGAUAAAGAAGAGGAUAGGCAGUGUCAAUAAUUUGUACCAACAGAGCGCAUCAACACAGAUAAAGUUUGACAGAACAGAUCUAUUGUGUGUUCAGAUCCCUCAUGAGGACCCGUUGGUCGUCAGUUUGACAGUAGCUGAAUGUUUGGUACGCAGAGUUCUGAUUGAUCCUGGAAGUAGUGCGAACGUCAUGCCGAGGGACACAUUUGAUCGGCUCGAGAUCAAACCGGAUCGGCUCAAGCCCACUGGAAAUCUCUUGCUAGGGUUUGAUGGAAAACGAGUGGAGCCUAUCGGUACGGUGGAGGUAGCAGUACACGCUGCAGGGAGGGUUCUGAUAGAGACCUUUGUAGUUGUCGAGAUUCGUCCCUCUUACAACCUUCUGAUUGGCAGAGGGUGGAUCCACAGAGUUCAAGGUGUUCCUUCCACUCUGCAUCAAGUAAUGAGAUGCCUGAGGCCAGACGGAACCAAGGUGAUUGACAUUCAUAGGGACCAGGUUGCAGCUAAGGAAUGUUAUUCAAUAACACUGAAGUAUGCUGGAAAAGGGAAAGCUCCCAUUUGUUCGAUCGAUUGGUUCCAACCGGAACGAACAACCAGAGUGGGGGAACGACUCGUCGUGGAGGAGAAGCAGGAGUUAGUUAAUUUCUUGUCUCAAAACGCCGAUGUAUUUGCAUGGAGCCACCUAGACAUGCCUGGAAUCGAUCCUUCUGUAUCCUGUCACUCCUUGAACGUUAAUCCCAAUGCAAGACCUGUAAAGCAGAAGCAGCGACGGUUUGCUCCCAAGCGCAACCGGAUCAUAGUCGAGGAGGUUGACAGGCUGCUUGAUGCGGGAUUUAUAAGAGAAAUGUAUUAUCCUGACUGGUUGUCAAACGUUGUUGUGGUGCAGAAGAAGAAUGGGAAAUGA